ACCUUCACCGUCCGCCAUAUUCCCAAUGCAUUAGCUUUGACAGCUAAUUCCACACUGGAUAUCACACAGUUUGUGCCUUGGACAAGUUGUUGCAGCGUUCAAUUACAUCACAUGAAGCUAUAACGAAACAGACAAGACCUUAGGGAAGUAAUGGCGGAGAUUCAGCCCUCCCCAAGAGGUGCGGGGGGAAGCAAGGGUAAGGGAACUGAUGAUCCGAUCCGAUUCCUGCCUGUUCUUCCAUCAAAGCGCAGCAAGCCAGCUUGGCAGUCCAACCCCCCAGCAUUUUUCUUGUCUGGGAGACCAGAUGAUGAUGAACGUCCCAUCGACCUUGUCGGAGAACUUACAGCAAGAGAUAGUCGGAAGAGAAAACAGCCAAGCAAGCUGAAGCCUAUAGAUCCACACAAGCAACAAGAUGUCAACAUGGACCAGUUCAAACAGCCAAAGAAAGAUAGGGAGAACUUCAGAAAGGCUCUUGUGGACAUCAUUAUGCAGGAAGAGAGCCUACCCCGGAGCAGUGCCGGGUCCCCCAAUGGUGACCUCCCCCCACUGUCCCGCACAGGCUCCCCCACUGCUGCCGAGAAGGAUAUCCUGAGAUACUACUACUACAUACACAAUGGUAUCGACACCGAGCAUGUUGCACCAAUGGAAGACUCGUGGCUGGAAAAUGUGUUGUAUCUUGUCCCCCACACACUCAAGGGUGGUCAUGAGGAGACGAUAGAGAACCUGUCUGAUGAGAUGAGGGAAGACUACCUACUCAGUGUGAAGAAAGCUAUUGUUGACUUUGUGCUGAAGGAUCCCCGGGAGAAGGAUGAGGACAAGAAGGAGAAGCUGCUGCCCCAUCGGGAGGAGCUGGCCGUCGUCCCCAAACCCUGGAACAAGUCGUUCCUUGGCGGCCUGGAGCUGAUGACCCACCACCUACAUGUCACGAACCCCUGCAUGCUGCAGGUGCUCGAUCUCUGGCACAUCUCCUUUGGCCUCCUGAGGUUCAUCGACAUUGAUGAGUUCCACAACAGACAGGACUCCAUGGAACUGGCCACCUUCCAGAACCUGUGCAUGAGACACAUCGAGGCUGCCAAGGAGAGGCUGCUAAAGAAAUGGUUCCCGGAGGUACAGAACAUCUUCUACCAGGGCAACAAGAGGAAGCAGGUGCCUAGCAACCAGGACCAGGAGAUGCUGGAGUCCUUCUUCAACUGUGCGGCCACUCUGAUGACAGACAACCUGCAACAACUGACCCUCUACUCCCUCAACGACUAUACUGACCUGCUGUGGCAGCCCGAGGAUUCAACAAGGGCAUAUGAACAUUCAGGUUUCAUCCUGAGACUCAUCUUGGACGAAAGUCAAAUCAAGUUUGAACCAACAUUCAAGGAUUUUGAAGUGGUUCUGUUGAAUGUCUAUGAUGUUGUCAUCAAAGCGUCUACCGUCGUGCCAAGGGUGGAGACCAAACUGUACUCAGAAUGGAAUGGCAGCAAGAACAAGGCGUUCCUCAAGCCCGUAGUUCUGGAGGAGAUCCUGGAGGAACAUCGACAGAUGGUUCGUGAGCUCAUCAAGAAGGAAAGUGUGGGCCCCAGUGAGCACUGUAAGGUGUAUGACCAAUACAGCUUCCUCAUCACUAAACAGGCUGAGACAGAUGUGGAUGAGUUCAUGAAGGAGGAACACAACUUUGAUGAUUAUGCAAAAGAAGUUGCUCGUUUCCACCACCUGACUGAGGAGAUCUCCUUCAACUCGCGCAAGGUUCUGAGACUUGGGAUGUUCGAGGUCCACUGUGAUGAACUGAUCCGUGCUCUCACCAAGCGGGCUGACACACUGCGCAGUCGACUCUUGGUCCGCAUGUGCAAGGAUCACCAGGAGGCCAAUAAGAAGCUCUGUGACGACUAUGAGCAGAUUGCCGAGAAGGCAUUGACCACGCCCGCCAACACAGAAGAGCUGAUGCAGCUCAAACAGUUCAUUGAGAAAGUCGAGUCGGACACUAUCUUCGUCAUGGAGAAGAGGCUGAUGGAGUCCAAGGAUCGCCUGGCGUUCCUGUCAGACUAUGCCCAGUUCAACCCAGCCGAGAUCCGUGUCAAUGCCCAGGUGUUCAUGUGGCACGGCCGGAUGCCGGCAGUGUUCGAGGAGCACAAGCUGAUCGUGUCGGAGAAGAGGAACCAGUAUGAGGAUGCUCUCAAACUGCGCCGUGACCGCUUCAUUGAGGAACUGGAGAGUUUCGCCAAGCAGGUGGAGGAGUUCCAGUCAUUUGGUGACAUGGCCGACAUACAGAAGUACCUCCGUCGUGCACAGUCCCUCGACACCAAGCUGCAGGCUGCGGCAGAGAAGAUUGAGGUCUUCAAUGAGGAGGAGGAGGCGUUUGGCUGGCAAACAACAGCCUACCCUCAGCGACAGACAGUCAUCAACACACUCAAGCCGUAUUUACAGUUGUACGAGACCACUGUAGACUUCAACUCCAAAUACAAGCAGUGGAUGGACGGGCCGAUGGGCGGUGUAGAUCCUGACGUGGUGGAUCAGGAGGUGGGCAACAUCUGGCGCGGUCUGUACAAGCUGGAGAAACAGUUUGAUGGCGUUGCUGCUCCCAAGAAAAUAACAUCCAAGGUGAAAGGCAAAGUGGAAGAGUUCAAGGAACACAUGCCGCUUGUCCAGACCAUCUUCAACCCCGGCAUGAGGGAUCGACAUUGGGACCAGGUUACAGAUAUUGUCGGCUACACCAUCCGUCCCGACGACUCGUACUGCCUGUCCAAGUUUGUCGAUAUGAACCUGGAUUCGUACAUCACCAAGUUCGAGGGCAUCUCGGAGGCAGCCAGCAAGGAGUACUCUCUGGAGAAGGCUAUGGAGAGCAUGAAGGGAGAGUGGGCUCCGAUUGAAUUCACGAUGAUCCCGUACCGCGAGACUGGGACGUCCAUCUUGUCCUCCAUCGACGACAUCCAGCAGUUGCUUGAUGACCACAUCGUCAAGACCCAGACAAUGAGAGGCUCACCGUUCAUCAAGCCAUUUGAGAUGGAAAUAAAGGACUGGGAGUCCAAGCUGAUGACCCUGCAGGACAUCCUAGACGAGUGGCUGAAGGUGCAGGCCACCUGGCUGUAUCUGGAGCCCAUCUUCAGCUCCCCCGACAUCAUGGCGCAGAUGCCUGAAGAAGGACGCAGAUUCACCACCGUCGACAAGAACUGGCGCGACAUCAUGAAGUCGGCCAUGAUUGACAAGCAUGUUCUGGCAGUACUUGACAUUGACAAGAUUCUAGAAAGGCUGAAGAAAUCCAAUGAACUUUUGGAACUCAUCCAGAAGGGCUUGAACGAAUACCUGGAGAAGAAGCGACUUUACUUCCCCCGUUUCUUCUUCUUGUCCAAUGAUGAGCUGCUUGAGAUCCUGUCGGAGACCAAAGAUCCCACAAGAGUGCAGCCCCAUCUGAAGAAAUGCUUUGAAGGCAUUGCAUCUCUAGAAUUCACGGAUGUGUUGGAUAUCACCCACAUGAAGAGUAGUGAAGGGGAGGUGGUUGAGCUACGUGACGUCAUCUCCACGUCCAAGGCCCGUGGUCAGGUGGAGAAGUGGCUGCUUGAGCUGGAGGCCGACAUGAUAAGCUCUCUACACAAGGUUAUUGGAGAAUCUCAGGAAGCCUACUUGAAGACACCCAGGGGUGAGUGGGUGAGACACUGGUCUGGUCAAGCUGUCCUGUGUGUAUCCCAGAAAUACUGGACAUCCUACAUCCACGAGGCAAUCAGGUCGGGCCAGAAGGCCCUGGCGGACUACCUGACUGUAAACAAUGAACAGAUUGAUGAGAUUGUUGCCCUGGUCCGAGGCAAGCUUUCCAAACAGCACCGUGUCACACUGCAGGCUCUGAUCGUCAUGGACGUCCACGCUAGAGAUGUGUUGGCCCACCUGGUGGAGAGUGGCGUCUCCAAUGAGCUGGACUUCAAGUGGUUGAGUCAGCUCCGCUACUACUGGGAGGAUAACCAGAUGGUGACUCGAAUGAUCAACUCCAUGCUGAAGUACGGCUACGAGUACCUUGGCAACACCGGACGCCUCGUUAUCACACCUUUGACUGACAGGUGUUACAGAACCCUGUUCGGAGCUCUACAUCUUCACCUGGGAGGAGCUCCAGAAGGACCAGCUGGAACCGGGAAGACAGAGACCACCAAGGAUCUGGCCAAAGCCGUUGCCAAACAGUGUGUCGUCUUCAACUGUUCAGAUGGUCUCGACUACAUUGCCCUGGGAAAGUUCUUCAAAGGUUUGGCCUCCUGCGGUGCCUGGUCCUGUUUUGAUGAGUUCAACCGAAUUGACCUGGAAGUAUUGUCUGUGGUGGCCCAACAGAUCCUGACCAUUCAGAGAGGUAUCAGUGCGGGACAGGACACUCUGUUGUUUGAGGGGACAGAGAUCCAUCUUAACCCAACCUGCUCUGUCUUCAUCACUAUGAACCCAGGUUAUGCUGGGCGUUCCGAGCUGCCAGACAACCUCAAGGCUCUGUUCCGGACUGUGGCCAUGAUGGUGCCAGACUACGCCCUGAUUGCGGAGAUCUCGCUGUAUUCCUGUGGCUUUGUCCAGGCACGCCCACUGUCGGUGAAGAUUGUGGCCGUGUACAGAUUGUGCUCGGAGCAGCUGUCUUCACAACAUCACUAUGAUUACGGCAUGAGAGCCGUCAAGUCUGUGCUCACUGCUGCUGCAAACUUAAAGCUGAAAUACCCAGAUGAAGAUGAGAAUAUCCUGAUGUUGCGAUCCAUCAUUGAUGUCAACCUACCCAAGUUUCUCAACCACGACUUGCCGCUGUUCCACGGCAUCACGUCCGAUCUGUUCCCCGGCAUCAAACUGCCGACCCCAGACUACGAGGUCAUCAACCAGGCUGUGGCCGAGGUCUGCACCAGGAUGAACCUCCAGUGCACGAACUUCUUCCUGGAGAAGAUCCAACAGAUCUACGAGAUGAUGAUUGUGCGUCACGGUUUCAUGAUUGUGGGAGAGCCAUUCGGUGGCAAGACAUCAGCGUACCGAGUCCUGGCAGCAGCUCUGGGAGACAUCCAUGAGAAGGGUCUGUUGGAAGAAAAUAAGGUCCAGAUUAUUGUCAUCAACCCGAAGGCCAUCACCAUGGGACAGCUGUACGGUCAGUUUGACCCUGUGUCCCACGAGUGGUCAGACGGUAUCCUGGCCGUGUCAUACAGAUCCUUCGCCACAUCCACGACCCCAGACCGUAAAUGGCUGAUCUUUGAUGGUCCCGUUGAUGCAAUCUGGAUCGAGAACAUGAACACCGUGCUGGACGACAACAAGAAGCUGUGCCUGAUGAGUGGCGAGAUCAUCCAGCUGGCCAACACCACUAACCUCAUGUUCGAACCCAUGGACCUCGAGGCGGCCUCCCCGGCCACAGUGUCUCGGUGCGGCAUGAUCUACAUGGAGCCCCUGUCCUUGGGCUGGAGACCACUGGUCAAGUCCUGGAUGCAUGUCAUGCCGUCCUCUCUCACUGAGACGCACAAGAGCGUCAUAAAUGACUUGUUCGAGAGAUUUGUCGAUGCUUGCCUCCAGUUAGUCCGCAAGGGAGGAGUCAAGGAACUGUCACCAACUAAUGAUUCCAACCUGGUCAAGUCUUUGAUGAACCUGAUGGAUUGUAUGAUGGAUGAAUUCCAAGACGAGGCCAAGAUCGCCCAGAUGGAGGAGAGAGAGCUCGUCACGUGGCUUGAGAGUAUUUUCUUCUUCGCCAUCACGUGGUCAGUCGGAGCCAGCACUGAUGACAAUGGCCGUGUCAAGUUUGACAAGCUUCUCCGAGAACUUAUUUCUGGUGGCAUGACGGAGGAGACGAGGAUUGCACUGACUCUGUUGGAGUUGGUGGAGCCCCCCAUGAAGCCUUACCUCAACCCCUUCCCUCCCAAGGGCAAAGUCUAUGACUACAAGUUUUUGAAGGAGGGUUCUGGCAAAUGGGUACCCUGGAGUGAGGAGAUGAAGGAAGCCCCGCCCAUCUCCAAAGAUGCUGUGUUCAAUGAGAUCAUUGUGCCCACCAUUGACACCAUCCGUUACACCAAUCUGAUGAACAUGCUGGUGCAGCACAGCAAGCCGUGCCUCUUCGUUGGACCCACUGGCACGGGGAAGAGCUGCUACAUCAUCGACUUCCUCCUGAACAAGCUGGACAAGGAGGUGUUCAAGCCCAACAUCAUCAACUUCUCAGCCCAGACCAGCGCCAACCAGACCCAGAACAUCAUCAUGUCCAAACUGGACAGGAGGAGGAAGGGGGUCUACGGACCACCACUUGGCAAGAAGGCUAUUGCCUUCGUGGAUGACCUGAACAUGCCGAUGCGAGAGACGUACGGAGCCCAGCCCCCAGUAGAGCUGGUCAGACAGUGGCUUGACCACUGGAACUGGUAUGACCUGAAGGAGGUGGUACCCAUCAAGCUGGUGGACAUCCAGUUCAUGGGAGCCAUGGGCCCGCCAGGAGGAGGACGUAAUCCUAUCACUCCCCGAUUCCUGCGUCAUCUCAACACUGUGACCAUGAACGAGUUUGAUGAUGACAGCAUGACCACCAUCUUCAGGAACAUCAUGGAGUGGCACAUCUCCGCCAGAGGGUUCAGCAAUGAAUUCAAGCCAUGCGUGGACCAGGUCGUGAGUGCAACGCUGCAGGUGUACAGGGAAGCCAUGACCAACCUCCUGCCUACUCCAGCCAAGUCCCACUAUCUGUUCAACCUGCGGGACUUCGCUCGCGUCGUCCAGGGCAUCCUGCUGUCUACGCCCGACACCAUGGAGGAACCUGCGUCCAUGAAGAGGCUGUGGGUGCAUGAGGUGUACAGAGUUUACUAUGAUCGUCUCGUCGAUGAUGGAGAUCGGGAUUGGCUGUUUAAUUACACUCGCGAAGUCAUCAAGCAGAAGAUGCGAGAAGACUUCGACCAGCUAUUUAUACAUCUUGAUUCAGAUAGUGAUGGCAAGGUCACUGAAGAUGACAUCCGUAGUUUAAUAUAUUGUGACUUUGCUGAUCCUAAAUCAGACAAGAAGGAUUAUGUUGAAGUGCGAGACUUGGAACAGCUGCGUCACGUGGUAGAGGGCUACCUGGAAGAGUUCAACAACCUCAGUAAAAAACCCAUGAAUCUUGUACUGUUUAGAUUUGCCAUUGAGCAUGUAUCACGUAUUGCUCGUGUAAUCAAACAACCCAGAAGCCACGCCCUGUUGGUAGGUGUGGGUGGUUCCGGUCGUCAGUCUCUUACAAGACUUGCUGCUCACAUGGCCGACUACGAUUUACACCAGGUUGAGAUCACAAAGAGCUACACGUCUACAGAGUGGAGGGAAGAUUUGAAGCGGAUCCUGAGGAAAGCUACUGAGACUGAUAACCAUGCUGUCUUCCUGUUCUCAGAUACACAGAUCAAACAAGAAUCAUUCCUUGAGGACAUCAACAACUUACUGAAUGCGGGCGAAGUCCCCAACCUUUACCCCAUAGAUGAGAAGCAAGAGAUCUGUGAGAAGAUGCGACAGAUUGAUAGGCAGAGGGACAAGUCCAAGCAGACAGAUGGGUCUCCAGUGGCCUUGUUCAACUUCUUCAUCCAGAGAGUGCGAGACCAACUCCAUGUCGUCCUGGCCAUGAGUCCCAUCGGCGACGCCUUCCGAAACCGCCUCCGAAAGUUCCCCUCACUCGUCAACUGCUGCACCAUUGACUGGUUCCAGUCCUGGCCCGAGGAUGCCCUGCAGGCUGUGGCGACUCGCUUCCUGGAGGAGAUCGAGAUUGUGGAGGAAGAGCGGGUGGGCUGCAUCAACAUGUGCAAGCAGUUCCACACAUCAACCCGGGACCUGUCGGAGAGAUUCCUUCUGGAGCUGGAGAGACACAACUACGUCACACCCACCUCCUACCUUGAGCUCAUAAACACCUUUAAGAAUCUCCUUGAGAAGAAGAGAGGGGAGGUGAUGAAUGCCAAGAAUCGGUAUGAGACGGGUCUUGAGAAGCUGGACUCAGCCUCCUCCCAGGUCGCAGUGAUGCAGAAGGAGCUGACCGACCUCCAGCCACAGCUCAUAGAGGCCACCAAAGAUGUGUCGGAGAUAAUGGUCAUCAUUGAGAGAGACUCCAUUGAAGUGGCUAAAGUAGAAAAGGUUGUGAAAGCAGAUGAAGCAGUAGCCAACGAGCAGGCCAAGGCUGCCCAGUCCAUCAAGGAUGAAUGUGACCAUGAACUUGCCGAGGCAAUCCCAGCCCUGAAUGCUGCACUUUCUGCCCUCGACACCCUCACAAACCAGGACAUCACAGUUGUGAAGAGUAUGAAGAGUCCACCCUAUGGCGUCCGUCUGGUCAUGGAGACCAUCUGCGUCCUGAAGGGGGUCAAGCCAGACAGGAUCCCGGACCCUGCCGGGACUGGUAAGAAGAUUGAGGACUACUGGGGGCCAUCCAAGAAAGUCCUGGGUGACAUGAAGUUCCUGGAGUCUCUACAUAACUAUGACAAGGACAACAUCCCCGUGGCUUAUAUGAAGACAAUCAGAGCUAAGUACAUCUCCAAUCCGGACUUUGACCCAGAAAAGAUCAAGACUGCCUCCACUGCUUGUGAGGGAUUGUGCAAGUGGGUCCGCGCCAUGGACACCUAUGACAGAGUUGCGAAGGUAGUGGCUCCAAAGAAAGAAGCCUUGAAGAAAGCCGAGGGUGAGCUUGCUGUUGCCAUGGCAUCACUGGAGAAGAAGAGAGCAUCUCUGAAGGAGGUACAAGACAAGCUCCACAAGUUAGAGGAGAAGCUGGCUCAGAACAAACAGAAGAAGGCUGACCUUGAGAACCAAGUGGACCUCUGUAGGAAGAAGCUAGAGAGAGCUGAACAGCUGAUAGGUGGCCUCGGUGGUGAGCGAGAGAGAUGGAGUGUUGCGGCCAGGGAGUUGGGCAAGAAGUAUAUCAACUUGACUGGUGAUGUUCUCGUCUCCUCUGGAAUAGUAGCGUACCUCGGUGCCUUCACAUCAGCAUUCCGGCAGGAACAGGCUGUCCAGUGGCAGAAGCGUGUCAAGGAGAUUGGUAUCCCAUGCUCUGAUGACUUUUCUCUUAUCCAUACACUUGGUGAGCCUGUGAAGAUCCGGGCCUGGAACAUUGCUGGACUGCCCACAGACGGCUUCUCAGUGGAGAAUGGUAUCAUUAUUAGCAACGCCCGUCGAUGGCCAUUAAUGAUUGACCCUCAGGGUCAGGCCAACAAGUGGGUGAAGAACAUGGAGAAGGCCAACAAUCUCCACAUGAUCAAGUUGUCUGAUGGAGACUUUGUCCGCACACUGGAGAACUGCAUACAGUUCGGAACACCUGUGCUGCUGGAGAACGUAGCCGAGGAGUUGGACCCCAUCCUGGAGCCCCUGCUGAUGAAGCAGACAUUCAAGCAGGGAGGCAGCAUGUGCAUCAAGCUGGGAGACAGCACCAUAGAGUACUCCCAGGACUUCAAGUUCUACAUGACCACCAAGCUGAGGAACCCUCACUAUCUCCCAGAGGUCGCGGUCAAGGUGACACUGCUGAACUUCAUGAUCACCCCCGAGGGUCUGUCUGACCAACUGCUGGGGAUUGUGGUGGCCAAGGAACGUCCCGAACUGGAAGAGGAAAAGAACGCACUCAUUCUUCAGAGUGCAGAGAACAAGAGACAACUGCAGGAGAUUGAAGACAAGAUCCUUGAGGUGUUGUCCAGCUCCGAGGGUAACAUCUUGGAGGAUGAGACCGCUAUCAAGGUCUUGUCUUCAUCCAAGAAACUCGCCAAUGAGAUUUCCGAGAAACAGGCCAUAGCUGAGGAGACAGAGAAGAAGAUUGACACAGCCAGAAUGGGCUACACCCCCAUUGCAAUCCACAGCACCAUCCUCUUCUUCUCCAUCGCUGACCUGGCCAACAUCGAGCCCAUGUACCAGUACUCCCUCACCUGGUUCAUCAACCUCUUCACCAUGUCCAUCGAGAACGCUGAGACGUCGGAGGAUCUCCCGACCAGGCUGAACAACCUACACGACCACUUCACAUACUCGCUGUAUUGCAAUGUGUGUCGCUCCCUCUUUGAGAAGGAUAAGCUUCUGUUCUCCUUCAUCCUUUGUGUGAACAUCCUGAAGCACAAGAAGGAGAUCGAUGAUGAUGAGUGGCGCUUCCUGCUGACUGGCGGCAUCGGCCUGGACAACCCACACAGCAACCCCACCACAUGGCUUCCCUCCAAGUCCUGGGAUGAGAUGUGUCGCAUCGAUGAACUUGCACGCUUCAAGGGAAUCCGACAGAAGUUUGUCAGCUACAAGGAUUCAUGGAAGCUUGUCUAUGAUAGCCCAGAGCCCCACCAUGUGAAGUUCCCGGGAGAGUGGGAUGAGAAGCUGGGGACUUUCCAGAAGAUGUUGGUGCUCCGCUGUCUCCGGUCCGACAAGGUGAUCCCGUGUGUCCAGGAGUUUGUCACGGAGAAGAUCGGGAAGAAGUUCAUUGAGCCUCCACCAUUUGACCUGCCCAAGGCGUUCGGAGACAGUCACUGCUGUGCCCCCCUGCUGUUUGUCCUGUCCCCUGGGGCUGACCCCAUGGCUGCACUGCUCAAGUUUGCUGAUGACCAGGGCUUUGGUGGUGCCAAGUUUGACUCCCUGUCCUUGGGUCAAGGUCAAGGCCCUAUUGCCCUGCAGAUGAUAGAGAAGGGCCUGAAGGAGGGAACCUGGGUCAUGCUUCAGAACUGUCAUCUUGCAGCAUCCUGGAUGCCCACGAUGGAAAAGAUCUGCGAGGAAUUCAACCCCGAGACCACCCACCCUGACUUCCGUCUGUGGCUGACCAGCUAUCCCUCCACCACCUUCCCAGUCUCCAUCCUGCAGAACGGGGUCAAGAUGACCAAUGAACCACCCAAAGGUCUCCGAUUCAACAUCAUCAAGUCAUACCUCAGCGAUCCGAUCUCAGACUCGGAGUUCUUUGGUAGCGUCAAAAAUGAGGACACAAUUGAUAAAGUGGGUUCCUGGAAGAAACUGUUGUACGGCCUGUGCUUCUUCCAUGCACUGAUUCAGGAGAGGAGGAAGUUUGGUCCGCUGGGUUGGAACAUCCCGUACGAGUUCAACGAGACGGAUCUCCGGAUCAGCGUCCGUCAGCUGGCCAUGUUCCUUAAUGACUAUGAUAGUGUCCAGUUUGAUGCCCUGCGCUACCUGACCGGAGAGUGUAACUACGGUGGUCGUGUCACUGACGACUGGGAUCGACGCACGCUGCUCACCAUCCUCAACAAGUUCUACUGCUUCGACAUCAUUGAGCGCGAGGACUACUACUUUGAUGUCAGCGGCCUCUUCUACUCCCCUCCCACAGGCGAUUACGAGAGCUACAUUGAGUACACUAGGAACCUGCCCCUGAAUCCGUCCCCCGAGAUCUUCGGCAUGAACGCCAACGCUGACAUCACAAAGGACCAGAAGGAAACACAGACGUUGUUUGACAACAUCCUGCUCACUCAGAAACGGGCAAGAGCUUCAGCAAAGGGAGGUAAAUCUACUGAUGAUGUGGUGGAUGAGGUCGCGGCAGACAUCUUGUCAAGGCUGCCCAGCAACUUUGACACAGAUGCAGCGCUGCGGAAAUACCCAACAUCGUACAAGCAGAGCAUGAACACUGUCCUCGUGCAGGAGAUGGUCCGCUUCAAUCGACUGCUCAUCACAGUCAGAGCCAGCCUCAUCAACAUCAGGAAGGCUAUUAAGGGUCUGGUGGUCAUGUCGUCGGAGCUGGAGGAGGUGGUGCUCAGCAUCCUCAAGGGCAAGAUUCCCGGGAUGUGGAUGAAGAGGUCCUACCCAUCCCUGAAGCCACUCGGCAGCUACGUGAACGACUUCCUGACUCGUCUCAAGUUCCUCCAAGACUGGUACGACACUGGCCCACCUACUUGCUUCUGGGUGUCAGGCUUCUUCUUUACCCAGGCCUUCUUGACAGGCGCUCAGCAGAAUUAUGCCAGGAAGUACACCAUCCCCAUCGAUCUACUUGGCUUUGACUAUGAAGUUCUGGAUGAUAAGGAGUAUGAUGAACCCCCUGAGGAUGGUGUGUAUGUGUAUGGCCUGUAUGUGGAUGGCGCCCGAUGGGAUCGCAAGGGCAAGAAACUUGCAGAGUCAUUACCAAAGGUGUUGUUUGACACCAUGCCACCGCUUUGGCUGAAGCCCCUCAAGAGGUCCGACAUUCCAGACAAGCCUGUGUACAAGUGUCCAGUGUACAAGACCAGCGAGAGAAGAGGGACAUUGUCCACUACUGGUCACUCCACAAACUUUGUUAUUGCUAUGAUGAUCCCAUCGGACAAACCCGAAUCCCACUGGAUCGGACGUGGUGUUGCUUUGAUGUGUCAGCUGGACAACUAGCGGUUGCUGUGGAAACAACUUUAUUGUUGCCAUGGCAAUGUUGUAUUUUUGUUUUUUCAUUGAAAACAGUAUUUAUCAUGUCCAUUAUUAUGUAUACUGAAAUAUUGCCAUUCCUUGGUCAAUGGAACCAAAUUUAACAUUUCAGUGCAGAGGAUGUUCUUUUUAUCAAUGAAGCAAAUUUAAAACAUAUUUAUCUUUUUCAAUCCAAAUAUGAGUGUCCACAUUCGAGAUGUUAUUUAUCAAACAAUGCAGUUUUUGCUGUUUGUGUUAUUGUUCAUAUUAGUGUUUUUAUAUGGACAUGACAGUGUGAUACCUUUUUUAAUUGUUUUUAUGCUGUAUACUAUGUUACUGUGUUGCAAACAUUAUUUUUUGUAAUAUGACAAAUAGCUGUUAAUUUCAGUAUUGCCAAAGUUUGGGAGAAGGGGUAUCAGAAAAUCCGUCCUGUACUUGAGUAUGUUUCAGUAUUAUUAUUUUUUAGUUUUAAAUACAACAGAUGUUUAAUAUGCUCUGUUCACACAUCAAUAUCCAUCACUCUUCUACCUCUGGGAUUUAAAUUAUGUCUAAUAACAAAAUAGCAAGUUUUGUAGUGUCCAGAUCCUAGUGAUAUUUAAUAUUCACAUUUGAAAUUACCAAAUGUUGAAAAUCAGGAAUUAUAGGAAAGAAGCAUAUGAGUUUGUGCUGUAGGCUGUGGGCUGUGUUCAGAAUUCUGAUAUUACGUUACGCUUCUCUGUGAAUACAGAAUACAACUUAUGGGCAUGUCCUUUAACAAACUAUUGCCAGUCAUUUCCACAAUACAAUAGGUGUGAUACAUGUACCAGUGUACACUGACAGGGAUUUCCAUCAAUAUGUAGACUACUGUUUAGUCCCUAGUGUUCACAGGUUUCCUGAUCAUGAACAGUUUGCUUCUUGUGAAGUCAUUUUCAAAGGACAAUGCUUUAAAUUACUUCAUGUACUUCAAACUGCAAGAAUCAAACCUAAUAUGACAGAACUGGUGACUGAAUUCCCCGAAUUUGACGUUUUUAGGAUUUGUGAUAUGAUUUUGCUAUGACUUCUUCCUCAGCAUUAGAAGGGUGCUGUUUAGGUGUGUUUUGUGGAGUAGUUAUUUCUAUACAUACUGUAUAUAUUUGCUCAUCUGUGAUAUCUAUAUUGUACAUACAGAGAUAUGUGUAUUAUUUUCUAUUGACGAGCUGUUCACUAUGUGCUGAUCAAAUUCCUAUAUUUGCUGUGAAUACAAUUUUGUAGAUUGGGAUUGUAGGUCACUGUGUUACAUAUUUUGUAAAUGAAACAUUGGGAAGCAAUGAAAGGCAGUUUGAAAGUGAAUAUGAAGUCAAUAAAAUAUUAAUAUGA